AUGUCUGCUGCUCGUGCUUUCCUUGAUGAAGGUGUAGAAAAUGAUGCAGAGGACUACGCAGCAGCUCUUUGGCUACAUAUGGUAAGCCUCUGUACUGAUGGGGAGACAAAGGGAAGUCAUGGCGGAUCUACUCCUGGAAAGGCUGGGAACAUUAAACGCGAUUUCCAUGGGGCACACAAGCACUAUAUGGUCAAAUACUUCUGGCCAAGCGACAUGAUGCGACCAGCAUUUGAAAGGCGAUUCCGUAUGCCUCGCGAUGUCUUCAAUAGUGUAUUGGAAGUCACAGUCGCACACUCAGAAUAUUUGCGAAAGGGUCUUCGCCCUGAUGCGCUUGGCAGGAUGGGGAUCAGUCCCCUUCUUAAAGUCAUCUGUGCGAUGUAUCAGCUUUCAUAUGGGAUACCAGCUGAUCUUGCUGAUGACCUGUUUGAAGUUUCAGAGACGACUGCUUCCCUCUGCUUGACAGAGUUCUGUUCGGCGGUGGUUGAUGGUUUUAGGUCGGAAUAUUUACGACAACCUACACAAGAGGACCUGGGACGAAUAGAGCGCAGGUUUGCAGCGGUUGGAUUUCCAGGGUGUAUUGGUUGCCUCGACUGCGCUGGUUGGGACUGGAGAAACUGUCCGAAAGCGUUGCAGGGAGCCAUGAUAGGGAAAGAUGGAACGCCAACGCUGCGUAUGGAGGUAAUCUGUGACCUGGAUCUCUGGAUUUGGUCGUUUCAGUUUGGUCUACCAGGAGUUCUAAAUGACCUCAACAUACUUGAGGUGAGCGAGCACUUCUCACAAGUCCUCAAUGGUCGGUUUCCACCGGUUGAACCGUCAUACAGCAUAGACGGUAAGGUUUUCAACUGGUUCUACUAUUUGACUGACGGCAUCUAUCCGUGCUGGAAGAUAUUUGUCAAGAGUCUGUCAACCCCGUCGUCUAGAAAGGAGAAAUUGUACUGCAAGCUUCAGGAAGGUGUUAGAAAGUGUGUCGAGCGUGUUUUUGGUGUGUUGUUCAGACGCUUUAAGCUUCUGUAUUUUGCGUGCGAGCUGUGGAGUGUGGAAAGAAUGAAGACUAUUGCCGAGGCUGCAGUGAUUCUCCAUAAUCAAAUUGUUGAAGCUCGACGGGACUCGUACUGCAGCGAUGGUGCUGGUGGACUGAGCGCAAAUUUCAACUCGGAUGACGACGAAACGGACAUGGUGAUAGAAAGCGUUGGGGCGAUGAGAAUCUUGGAAACAAUGUCACUUGCUUCAGAAGGUAUCAAGGUGAAAGGGUUGCAUCGCAAGCUCGUAACGGCACUCAUAGAACAUGUUUGGAGCUUUCACGGCUCAAGUUAG